GGUGGCGCCUCCUUCCGACACUAUCGGAGAGUAACGCUGGCUCUCUUGUACGCCCAUUUGGUCCGUGAAGCAGCUUGGUUUAUGAAAUAGUUAUUUUAAAGCUUUCAGACGCCCCAGUGUUAGUAAUGUCUAGGGAGUACGACCAUUUAUUUAAAUUACUAAUUAUCGGAGACAGCGGUGUUGGAAAAAGCAGUCUCUUGUUGCGGUUUGCAGACAAUACCUUCACAGGGAACUACAUCACCACGAUAGGGGUGGACUUCAAGAUCCGCACCUUGGAAGUGGACGGCGAGCGGGUCAAGCUGCAGAUCUGGGACACUGCGGGCCAGGAGCGCUUCCGAACCAUCACUUCCACGUACUACCGGGGCACCCACGGGGUGGUGGUGGUUUAUGACGUCACCAACGGAGAGUCCUUUGCCAAUGUCAAGCGCUGGCUGCACGAGAUCGAACAGAACUGCGACGUGGUCAACAGGAUCCUCGUGGGCAACAAGAAUGACGACCCAAGUCGAAAAGUGGUGCUGACAGAAGACGCCCAGCGCUUUGCUGACCAGAUGGGCAUCCAGCUGUUCGAGACCAGCGCCAAGGAGAACAUUAACGUCGAAGAGAUGUUCAACGCCAUUACGCGGAUGGUGCUCAAGUCUAAGAAGGAGCAGAAGGAGAGGCAGCAGGUGCCCGACGACAAGCUGCGGUUAAAGCCCGGAGGCCAGAAGAAGAAAAAGUGCUGCUGAUGGCGGAGCACUGCCGCCGGCGCCUUUGGAACUUGGGCUCAAAGUCAGGGAACUGUACAUUUCGAGGGGGGCAUCGCGGAGAGGACGCCGGGUGCACAAGGGGGCCGGUCCGUGGCUUUCCUCGCCCCGCUAGCUACCUUGCGUUCCAGCUUUGGCUACGUCUUGGCAAACGGAAGGUUUCUGCCGCGCAAACGCAGAGGACGCCGACGCAAAAGACGGGCGUUCUGACCCGGUCCAAAUGCAAGACCCGCUUUCUCCCGUUGGAUCGUGCGCUUGCCAACUGUCUGUCCGGCGUCCACAGGAUAUAGGCUACAGGUCUGCAACGCACGGGCUUUACCCGGCUCGGUCGGCGAUGCGCCGGCAACACGUCGGCAGUGUGUCAAAGGCAUUUCUGCCACGUGUCGGCAGAGUGCAGGCCAGACGUUUAUUUUGGAUAUAACUCCGUAGUUAGCGCCGCGCUUGUUUUUGCAUUGACGGAAUUUCGAAAAAAAUGGGCGGUAGUCACUACUGCCCGCUACUCUCUGUACAUAGGAAUGGAUGCCAGUGUCGGUACGGGCGAAGUUGGGGGGACGAAUUAUGGUCUGCUCGGGCUUAUUCGAGCGCUCUCAUUGUGUGCCGCUCCGCUGCCGACGGCGUUUGCGUUUUUUUUUUAACGUUCCACACCGCGCUCUUCAUCACGCCCAUCGUCUGUGUUAUGUAUUAUUACGAAUUAUUUGCUAUUGCUCGGUGUAUAAAUUUUACUGCUAUGUUUUGAUGAGCAUAGCGUCUAUCAGUAUAAGAUUAUUAAAGUAUGUAUGGCACUUUCA